GACGCGUCCGCCUGUGGGACCCAGAAUCCACCGCGCCGAGGCAAGAUGGAAGAACCCAACAGCUGCGGGAGAACAAUGUUUGGGCUUUAGACACUGAAACGGACCGCUGAGGGUGAACUACGCGAGCCAAACCAGCAGGUCAUGGUCCCGUACCGGAUGACACUGAUUGCAGCCCCAUAGUUUACCUGCCCAUCGGCAUCCACCAUGAACAUCAUUCACGACAAACUAGGCAAUGAAUUCCUGCGCUCCAACGGGAGCAUGGACUCCAAUUUCAGCCCUGCUGGCAUGAUAAUGUUCAGCCACCUCCCUCCGGUGACCAGCUUCACCCGGCUGGCUGCCCACUCUGUCAUGCAGGACCUUCCACCGCAAGAAAUGAUCAUGAAGAAGGAGCGUGACUCACCCGACUGCAGCAUGGGCACCCAGGGUGGCCGCAUGGGGUGUGAGGGGGUGGGAGACUAUGUUCAUGCUAUGGGUAUCAAGCAGGAGAAGCUGUCAGAGCAUGAUUAUCGCCUGCCGGUUUACCCAGGAGGGCUGGGGAAAAGCACAGAGCUGCUGGAGGUGACAGUCAGCAACAACCAGGGCCUGCUGGUGCACGACCUCAACAUGGGCAAUCUGCCGAGUCAGUUAGGAAAGGAGCCCACUGGGAGAAAAGGUCGAAGGUCAAACGGUGAUGGACAGGAGGGUAAACCAAGAAGGAAGAGAAGCGAGGCUAAGCAAUCAAUGAUGCUGGACGGAGAUGGAGGCAGCCUGUCACCGGGAAACAAGCCUCACAUCUGUGAGCACUGCAGUGCGUCUUUCAGAAGCUCCUAUCACCUACGCAGACACGUCCUCAUUCACACAGGUGAAAGACCCUUCAGAUGCAGUCAGUGCAACAUGAGUUUCAUUCAGAAGUACCUCCUCCAGAGACACGAGAAGAUCCACAGUGGAGAGAAGCCAUUCAGCUGCGACCAGUGUAACAUGCGAUUUAUUCAGAAGUACCACAUGGAGAGGCACAAGAGGACACACAGCGGAGAAAAGCCGUACAGAUGUGAGACUUGUCAACAGUAUUUUUCGAGGACAGACCGAUUGCUUAAGCACAAGCGAACCUGUGGAGAAGCCAUAAAGAAGGGGCUGGAUCCCGGGAUGAUGGACUUGGGUUGCGUAGAGAUGGGACAUGGCAGCUAUGGAAUCACUCAGGGACAUGCUGGGAGCACUGGGAGAAAGAGGGGACGGUCCAAAAAUCCUGGAGAGGGAGGUGAGCGCAAGAAGAAGAAGGGGGAUAGCGGAGGGGUUACGCACAUUCAAGGGGCUGUAUCCGGAGGCUACAGCAUCCAUGAGUACUCUGUGGAGAAUCAAACGGUGUCUUCCUCAACUGAACCAGGACCCAGCAUGCAGCAGGUCCACCACGGCAGAGCUCCAAAGAUGGCAUUCAAGAAGGCUAAUCGUAAGAGCCUGGACAAAGUGGGUCUGGGAGAGGCCAAAGCAGGCUCUCUGGAGCAGAGUGGGGGUAUGGACAACCUCAGCCUCAUGCAGGGUAAUGGGGUGAAAGAAGGGACAACCAGCAGCAACUAUGAUGACGCCAUGCAGUUCCUCAAGAAAAGACGCUACAUACAAGCAGCAAACAAUGCGAACUCAUCAGGACCUGUGGUGGUUGGAGGAACCAAUGAGUACGAUGUUGGCAUCGGCCACUUGUCUUCCCAGCAGUCUGUCAUUCAAGGUGUCGUUUCCAGUGUGAUGGACAGCGACGCACCUCUGAGUCUCGACAAGUCAGGGAUCCCAGAUGAGGUUCUGCAGAGCAUCCUCGACCACUACACCCAGAAACCCGAUGGCUCGCACCACGACGUCCACUUCGACAUUGGCGACCCCCAUGUGGAGCUGAACCCCACCAUAGCUGAUGGCUCCGUCAUCGGUCACAGCACUGACGCCCCCAGCCCAUCUGGAGAGAAGACUGUCAUGAUGCACGAGUACUCUCGCUUCCUGCUGCAGGCUUUGGAGCGCACCAGCCACAGUGCCAGCUUCCCUCUGGGCCCAGGGCCUCCCGCCUCAGGACAGUACACCACUUCCCACUCGGGAAAUCCCCUCUACGCUGACAAGAACAUCUAUACUACGUCCCCAAUGGAGUGUGGGUAUGGCCAGUCGGUGGCCUCGCCUUCGCUGCCCUCCUCUGUGCCAAAGUCUCACUUUGCGAUGCUGACCGGCACCUCGCCACAGCACAGCUUCCACCUGAGCGGCCUGGACGCCCCCACACACCAGCAGCUCACCCCUUCUCAGGAGCUCACGGAGCAGAUGGAGAAGCAGCACUCCUCCACUCCCCCUUCCUCCUACCAGAUCAGCCCAUCUGACCUGAGCAGCGGCCAGAAGGACCACCCGCCGGUCAAGAACGGCUCUGUGGUCUACCCUUUGGCCCCAUCGCAGGAGCUGGCCUCUCUGGACUCCUCCAAGCCUUCCUACCAGAUAGAAAACUUUGCUCAGGCCUUCGGCUCCCAGUUCAAGUCAGACGGCCGCGGCUUGUCUUAUGGCACUGACUCAAGAGGGGAGGUGGAUCACAGCAUACGGACGCCUGUGUCUGAAUUCUCAGGGUUUACUAGUUUGUUAUCUGAUGUCAAUGAGCCAGUAAGUACAGGUUCCAAAACUACAACAAGCCAAAGCUACAGAUGAGAGCCUGAGAGGAAGAGAACACUCUGUCGUUAAUGUUUUAAUUUUCUAGUGAUCCUAUUUUAUUAUUAUUAUUAUUAUUGUUAUUAUAAUUAUUUUUUUAAGUGACAUCUUCUCUGUUUUUGUGCCCACUCCUCUCCCCACAAAAAGCCUACAAGGCUUUCUGCAAAUGCAAUUUUUUUAUGUAUCUGUUAUUUUAAGUUAAAUAUGUAUUUACUGUUUAUUCUUGUCAUAUUAGUGACAUUAGGUCUGGUCAUUAAUCAUGAACUGAAAGUACUUUUAAAAGCGUAGAGUGGCAUCGCACGUGUUUCUUUUCCAAUGAGCUGAAGUGUUUGAGCAAUCAACUUUACAUACAAUUGUAAAAUAAUAACGAUGGCAGGGAAUAGCCCAGAAUUGAAACAGCAAAAAAAUGAAAAUAGAAAAAAAGUUAUCGUCUGUUACAAGAUUGAAAGUAUUACUCAGGAAAAAAGUGGAAAAGGAGAAGCCUACGAGGUGCAGUGAGCGUUCUUUUCCGAAGUUAAAGUUUGCAACUUCAAAGAGGAUUUUUCUUGUGUUUUAUUUCUUGUUGAAUGAGUGUGACAUAAACAGACUGCUGCCAGCUCA